AUGCUGAGAUUUGGUCAACGCGCAUGUACUCGCUUCAAAUUUCCCUCUCACAUCUCCCGAAUUUCGCGCUUCCAGAGUACGAAAAUCAAUGCCAGCGAGCUCUUCGAGGAGGAGCGCCUUCCGUGGUAUAGCCAUGAUCAGUUUUAUCCAGCACGACCUGGUGAGAUUCUGGAUUCUAGCUUUAAGGUUAUAGGAAAACUCGGUUACGGUGCAUACUCCACGGUCUGGCUGUGUCGGGAUAUCCGGUAUGUUUGGCAACGAGACGCUGGCUUCGUCGCUGUCAAGAUUUGUACCCGAGAUGCCGAAAAGACCCCGCAGCUCAAUCGAGAGCUAGAUUUUUACGAGCAUGUCAGUUCUAUGCAAUCACAGCAUCGCGGCCAAGCAUACAUCCGCGGACUGUAUGGCGAAUUUGAGCUCGACGGUCCAGCUGGCAAACAUUUGUGCUUUGUUCAUCCACCCAUGCACAUGACUAUUCGACAGCUCCAGUAUUAUAACCCAGCACGCAAGCUCGACGUUCCGCUUCUGAAGUGCACGCUAGCCAAUGUGCUAAGGCGCUGUCGUUCUUACACGACGAGGCUAAGGUCAUACAUACAGUUAGACAUCAAUCCUGGAAAUAUCAUGCUGACUGUGGAUGAUGACACUAUUCUGGAAAACUUCGAGAAAGCUGAAGCAGAGAACCCGUCACCAUCCAAAGUGAUUAACGGCACACGCACCAUUUACAGUUCCCAAGCGCGGAUAGGAGAUUCUCACUCUGGCCUAAUUCAGCCUGAGCUAUACCGUGCGCCAGAGAUAAUUUUCGAGAUGGAGUGGGGCUCUAAGGUGGACAUUUGGAGUCUCGCCACGUUGGUGUGGGACUUGUUUGAAGAUGAGCAUCUAUUCGACGCCCGUGACAACAAGGGCAACCCAUCAGAGACACAUCAUGUUUCCGAAAUGGUUGCAUACCUUGGAAUGCCUCCGCUUGAAUACACGCAAAGCAACCAUAUGACAAAGAAGGUCUUCGACAAGCAAGGACACUGGACGGGUGGUUCCAAGAGUGUAACUAUUCCUAAGAUCUCACUCGAGGAAAGAGUAUCGGUGCUUGAAGGGGAGGAAAAGGAAUUAUUUCUGGAUUUCAUACGAUCGAUGCUCGGAUGGCGGCCGGAAGACAGGAAAUCGGCGACUGAACUCCUGGAGCACCCAUGGAUGGCCAUCACUACAUAG